ACAACUAAUGAAGCUCUCCCAUGGCGCUCGCUCGUGGAGAGAUGCGGCCAACCAAACCAGAGAGAGAGGGAGAGCAUCCACGCUCGUCACAGCUGCACUGCUUCCAGUCCAUAUAGAGCUGCUGCACGUGACGUCACCACUUUCACGGCGCCAUAUUGCCGGUCAAAAAGAGGUGCUCGACAGUGUGGGGGAUGUUGAACCGGAGGAGCAGAAUAUUCGCAAUACCCGAGACCUGUCGUGCUGUUGGUUGUCACAACAGGCGAGACAGGUAUUCAAAAGAGAUCAUUCUUUGGAAUGCCAGCUGAAAAGACCAGAAAAGAUUGAUGGAUUUCGGCAAUUAAACGUGAUGGAUGGUGCCCAACCAAAUACAGACGGCUGUGUAGCGAUCGCUUCACUUCAGGUAGGAAUUAUUCUUCUCAAUCUCAAAUUACCAAAAAGUAUUUAGAAUGCCAAAUUGGCUCAUUUGAGAACAAUGCGUUUAAAAAAUAAAUAAAAAAACGACAGGGAGUCGUCUCCAACGUACACGGAAGCGUGUUGCGGCCACACAUUAAACUUCGGUAAACCUCUACCCGACACACUUUUUUGUUUUUGUUUAAAUAUGCAUUGUUCUCAAAUGAGUCCAAUGCAUAUUUAAAUAAAGAAAAUAAACCGUAGGUCACACAAACGUUUACCGAAGUUCAUGUGGCCGCAAAGCGCUUCCGUGUACGGAAGCCUAUCCCAGCGGUUUAUUUUCUUUUUUUAAAUGUGCAUUGGACGCAAAUUAAAAAAAAAAAAUGUCUGUCAUGGAGAAGUUUACCAAAGUUUAACGUGUGGCCACAACACGCUUCGUGUACGGAGUAGCUGACUGGCUGUCUUUCUUUUUUUUUUUUUUUUUUUUUUAUCAUAGUUAAUGAAUGAGUGUUUGUGUAAAACCAAGGGUCAUUCAUUUAAAUAUUGGUAUUGUAUUGAAAAAAAAUCUAAGUGGCUCCAUCACUAUGUGGGAUUUAUUCUUGAUUGAGAACAGAUCCAGCAACGCAGUAUUUGUAUGCAUCCAGACUUUUCUAUGCUUUCAAACUCUUCCGUGUAAAUCUCAAGGACUUACUCACCAGAUCCACGUGUAGAUCCGGUUGUCCAAGACAAGCGGAAGCUGGCUAACAGUCCAAUUUCUUAUAGGUGAAAAAAUCGACUUCGGCAUUAAAUAUGGAUCAUCUAUGCUAAGUGUCUCUCAUUUUUCCACGUACCUUCAUUUAUAAUCACCUUUUAAAUGUUUAACGGUAUCGGACAAAAUUCUGGGCAUCGCGUUAUAAUUUUCACGUCGUCUCCAACCGACUUAGCAUUGAAGAAUGGUUUGUUUGACCGACGGUUCCGGCCAGUGGCGUGAUUUGACGACGUAGGUGCACGAGCUCUAUAUGCGGAUGUUGAUUUUGUUAUUUUUUUUUAUCCAACCAGACUUCAGCUUCUGCUGCCACAUCAACCAAAUCUCGCCAGGCCCUUUAGAAUCGGUCGUGAUAGCUGACGUAACAUAAACCACGACCAUUGGAACUGUCUCUUUAACCAAUCAGAUUUCAAAUUUGCCUCAGAUGGUCAGCUAGCUGGCCCACAAUGUCAGUGUUUUUCCACCCUUUGAUAGGUUGGUAGGAACAAGUUCAACAGAAAAAACACAUCUGCUCUGUCGCCUCCCGCCCGUCCUCGAACUCUCGCACGUUUACCAGCAAAGGAUUGUUGGAGCUCGACGUUUUUGCCUUCAUGGAGGAUUACCACAAACCUGACCAACAGACAGUGCAGGCGCUGAGGAACAUCGCCAAUCGCCUCAGGAUCAACUCCAUCAAGGCGACGACGGCGGCGGGCGCAGGACACCCCACAUCAUGCUGCAGCGUGGCGGAAGUCAUGUCCGUGCUUUUCUUCCACACCAUGAAGUACCGCCCCGAGGAUCCGCGAAACUUCCACAGCGAUCGCUUCCUCAUGUCGAAGGCUCAAUCUGCGCCCGCCUUGUACUCCAUGUGGGUUGAAACGGGCUUCCUAAAGGAGAGCGAGUUGCUCAAUAUGUGCCAGGUUGACUCUUCGCUGGAGGGGCACCUUGUCCCUAAGCAGCAAUUUGUGGAUGUAACCACUGGCUAUUUGGGACAGGGCCUCGGUGUGGCCUGUGGAAUGGCAUACACAGGGAAAUACUUUGACAAAGCCAGCUACCGUGUUUACUGCCUGUUGGGGGAUGGCGAAAUGUCAGAGGGCUCUGUGUGGGAAGCCAUGUCGUUCGCUUCUUACUACCAGCUUGACAACCUAGUGGCCAUCAUGGACAUCAACCGCCUGAGCCAAAGCGACUCCGCGCCUCUACAGCAUCAUGCCGAGAAAUACCAGAGACGCUGUGAAGCUUUUGGUUGGCAUGCCAUCAUCGUGGAUGGACACAGCGUGGAGGAGCUGUGCAAGGCUCUGAGCCAGCCACGCCAUCAGCCCACCGCUAUCAUUGCCAAAACCAUCAAGGGCAAAAGCAUUCCAGCUGCAGAAGAUAAGUUGGGCUGGCACUCCAAAACUCUGCCGAAAGACAUGGCCGAAAUGGUCAUGAAGGAUUUGCAGAGUCGGAUCAUGAACACGAGCAAGCACCUGUACCCCCCUACUCCCGUAGAGGACUCGCCCCCAGUGAGCCUGAGGAACAUCCGCAUGGCCAGCGCGCCCACCUACAAACCUGGAGAAAAGAUGGCCACGCGCAAGGCCUACGGGAUGGCGAUCACCAAGUUAGGCCGCUACAACGAGCGUGUCGUAGCUCUCGAUGGGGACACAAACAACCUCACCUACUCCGAGAUCUUCAAGAAUGAGCAUCCCAAUCGUUUUGUGGAGUGCUACAUUGCCCAGCAGAAUAUGGUUAGCGUCGCCAUGGGAUGUAGCGCCCGUGAGAGGAACGUUGUGUUUGCCAGCACCCUGGCAUCCUUUUUCACUCGUGCCUACGACCAGCUCCGCACCGCAGCCAUAUUAGACAGCAACAUCAAUCUGUGUGGCUCUCACUGCGGCCUGUCCACCGGGGAGGAAGGGCCCUCCUUGAUGGGGUUGGAGGACAUGGCCAUGUUCAGGGCCCUCCCUAGAACGACCAUCUUCUAUCCCAGCGAUGCUGUUUCCACAGAGAAGGCUGUGGAACUGGCUGCAUCCACAAAGGGUGUUUGCUAUAUCCGAACCAGCCGCCAAGACAACGCUGUUAUCUACAACAGCAAUGAAGAUUUCCACGUUGGACAGGCUAAAGUGGUGUACCAGAGCAAAGAGGAUCAGGUGACUGUGGUGGCUGCUGGGGUGACUCUGCAUGAAGCCCUGGCUGCAGCUGAACACCUAAAGAAAGAAAGGAUAUAUGUGCGAGUUAUCGACCCGUUCACAAUCAAACCCCUUGACGUCAAGACCAUCAUCGACCACACGCGUGCCACCAGGGGAAGAAUCCUCACUGUGGAGGACCACUACUACGAAGGUGGCCUGGGGGAGGCCGUGUGCUCGGCAGUGGUGAACGAGAGCGGCUUCAAUCUGCACCGCCUCGCCGUGUCGCACGUCCCGCACGGCGGCAAAGCGCAAGAGCUCCUCAAGAUCUACGGCAUCGACCGCGAUGCCAUCACGCAGGCCGUGCGCAAGAUGCUCAGCACCUCCACCAACGCCAAGUGAACCCCCUUCGCUUGGCCCGAGUCACGUGACACCCACCCCUUUCCUUCAUGUCACUGUGAAUCCCCCGUAAGUGUUUCAAGUAUUGUGAUUUUGUGAUUUUUUUUUUUUUCAUUUUUCCAAGAUAGAAUUCCACUUUUGCUCUUCUUCCUAGCACCCAUCCCAAUAAACACAUACACUAAUAUACAUAUCCCACCUUGUCCGUGUAUCGCCAUCAGGAACGCACACUUUUUACAUGUUCACCAAAAAAAAUACAUUGUGAUGCUUCCGUAUGUUUUUGAAAUGAACAUUUUUUUAGUCACAGCAUUAAGCGAUGUUUUGAUAUAUUAUUCCAAAUGUAGCUCUUGUUAUAAGGUGGGUGGUUAGUGUUAAAGUAGUUGUCAUGACGACGGUGUCAGAAAGAAACAAGGUGAGUUGUCGUGUGUAGAAGUUAGUGGACAAAAAAAAUAAUAAUAAUAAUUAAAAAAAAACAAGUGUAGACUGGUUAAAUCAUUCCAUAAAAACACACAGGUCAUACUUACCCUUAGACGAUUCAAAUGUUGAAUUGUUUUUUCUCCGCAUUAUUUUGUUGUUGUUGUCACGUGCCAUUCGCACCACACGUCACUUGGACCGCACCAGUAGUGUAGGUAACGACGUGGCCAUUGACCUCGUGUUUAUAUAAAAGGCGGGGAGGCUCCUCCCUCUCCCGAUUGCAAACGUUUGAUUGUCACUGUGCAGGUAAGCGGUAAGUCCGACUUGUGAACCCGAGAACUGUUACUUGAAGUUUUGUAAGUACCAUUCUUUCAUGUAA